AUGAACGGGCCCACCCUGCAGCCUGCCUCGGCUUCCUCUUCCGUAUCCUCCGCGACCUCUGCCGCCCUGUCCUCCGUAACGCCAGCCGCGACCCCGCCGCCCCGAGGCUGGAGCGAGUUCUGCGAGCUGCAUGCAGUGGCCACGGCCCGUGAGCUGGCCCGGCAGUACUGGCUCUUCGCCCGAGACCACCCGCACCACGCGCCGCUGCGCGCCGAGCUGGUCUCGCUGCAGUUCACGGACUUCUUUCAGCGCUAUUUCUGCCGCGAGGUGCGCGAGGGUCGGGCGCCUGGACCCCCGGCGCGGGACUACCGUGAGACGGGCCGCGGGCCGGCGUCCAAGACCGAGGGGGGCCCAGCGUGCCCCGCCACCCCCACCCUGCCCAAGGCGCGCAGCUCAGAGGAGCUGGCCCCGCCGCGGCCGCCGGGGCCCUGCGCGUUCCAGCAGCUGCGCCGCAGCCUGCGCCACAUCUUCCGCCGCCGCUCAGCUGGGGAGCUGCCUGGAGUCCCUGGAGCCUGUGCGGCCGGCGAGGCGAGCGAGGUCCCGGGCCGGCCCGGCCUGGCCAGGAAGCUCCUGCCCUGGAGCUUGGCCCGGGAGCCGCCGCCUGAGGUGGUCAAGGAGGCUGUGCUGCGCUACAGCCUGGCCGACGAGGCCUCCAUGGACAGUGGGGCUCGCUGGCAGCGGGGUCGGCUGGCCUUGCGGUGUGCCGGCGGCCCCGACGGCGGCCGCAUGCUGGAGCUCUUCGACCCGCCCAAGAGUUCCAAGCCCAGGCUACAGAUGGCCUGCUCCAGCAUCCAGGAGGUGCGGCGCUGCACGCGCCUGGAGAUGCCGGACAACCUCUACACCUUUGUGCUCAAGGUGAAGGAGCGCACAGACAUCAUCUUUGAGGUGGGAGAUGAGCAGCAGCUGAACACGUGGAUGGCCGAGCUCUGCGAGCGCACAGGCCGAGGGCUGGAGAGCGACUCGGAGCUGCAGUCGCCUGUGCCCUCGGUCCUAGAGCCCGGCCUGGCCAGCUCCCCGAGGGGAAGCACAGACUCCCUGAACCAAGGCGCUUCUCCUGGGGGAUUGCUGGACCCAGUCUGCCAGAAAACGGACCACUUCCUGUCCUGCUACCCCUGGUUCCAUGGCCCCAUCUCCCGAGUGAAGGCAGCCCAGCUGGUCCAACUGCAGGGCCCCGCUGCACAUGGCGUGUUCCUGGUGCGGCAAAGUGAGACGCGCCGCGGCGAGUACGUGCUCACCUUCAACUUCCAGGGCGUUGCCAAGCACCUGCGCCUGUCGCUGAGCGAGCGGGGCCAGUGCCGCGUGCAGCACCUGCGCUUCCCCUCGGUGCUGGACAUGCUGCACCACUUCCAGCGCUCGCCCAUCCCGCUCGAGUGCGGCGCUGCCUGUGACGUCCGCCUGUCCAGCUACGUGGUCGUCGUCUCCCAGCCCCCAGGACCCUGCGACACUGUCCUGUUCCCGUUCUCCCUGCCGCGAUGGGACUCGGAGCCCGGCCUCCUCCACCUUGGCUCUCGCUCUCCUGUCUGUCCCCGGGGACUGGGCCCCGAGGUGCCCCCCGGCCGCUCCUCACCCCCAGAGCAGAUCUUCCACCGGGUGCCUUCGCCUGAGGAGCUAGCCGACAGCCUACGGCUCCUAGAGCCCGGGCUUCAAGACUCGGACUACGAACUGGACACAUCCUCACGGAGACGCUUGAGGGCCAUUGACAAUCAGUACACGCCCCUCUGA